UCGCUCGCCCCGAAUUGACGCGCGUCCCGUCGCCUUGUGCGGCGGCCUUCCUCCGAGCUCUUUCGGGGGCCUCGCUGCGCUCUUUGCCGGCUCUUUGCCGCUUCUUCUGGUUGUAAUUGCUGCGGAGGAGGAGGAGGAGGACGACGACUAAGAAGAGGCCGACACAAGUUGGACAGCCAAAGGCGGCUCUUCGCCAUCCCUGGCCAGCGCGAGUAGCCGUCCCUUGAGCUGCCCUUUGGCUGUCUUUGGGUCUUUGUGUUCUCGGGCGGGUGUCGGGGGGUGGUCCGUCCGGCCUCCCGCUGCGCUCUUCACCUUCGCCGCUUCUUCUUCAUCUUUGCAUGAACUUAGCCGCGUUAGCUCGCCAGGCUAACGGGGCGCUAGCGAGCGAGCUAACGUGAUUAUCCACUUGUUCUCCGACAUUCAGCGCCUGCGAACUCGCUAGCGUCACUUCGGACCUUUUGGAGCGUGUUCGAUUUCGAGCGCCCGUCGGAACCGACGCCGGACGUCGCGGCGGGCGGCCCGGGCCGGUUCGGGAGCCUCCAGCGGGCCGACGGCAAUGAAGAAGACGUUUAUGAAACAUUUAUUGAAGUGCUUGGAGAACAAAGUGAAACCUCCAUUGAAAGCUUGUUUAACCGCGGCGGCAUCUCGUCCACUACAUUCCCAGAAUUGACGUCCCAGCCCGGCUACAGUUCCUCCAGUUGACCUGAGUUGGGGGGCUAGUGCCCCUUGAUGACAGGAUGUGCAUAUUAUGCUCAUAUGCGCUUACGUGCGUGCACUUAAUGAGUGACGUGCAACUUUUUAUGUCGAGUAAACUUCAUCUUGUCGCUGAGGUCAAGGGAGCCUCAGCGAAUCUCGCGGUGGCGUCGGCGCAGCUCGUCAGUUGAAUAGAAACCAAAUAAAAAGAAUGAGAAGGAAUGGGCAGGGCAGAGGGGUGGAGUCCAGUCCCACAGCUGGGUGCAGCACGUUCAUGCUUCAGGUGGAUGCUUUUCCCACUGGAGACGGCGUUCAGGCUGAUCCAUCAGCUGAAAGACUGACUGCAUCAAUGAUGGAAUUACAGACACUGCAGGAGGCUCUGAAGGUGGAGAUCCAGAUCCAUCAGAAACUGGUGGCCCAAAUGAAGCAAGACCCUCAGAAUGCAGCUCUGAAGAAGCAACUUCAUGAACUUCAGGCAAAGAUCACUGCGCUGAGUGAGAAGCAGAAAAAGGUGGUGGAGCAGCUGAGGAAGGAGCUGCUAGUCAAGCAAGAACCAGAAGCCAAAGUUCAGCUGCAGGUCCACACACCAAGCGAUGUGAAGCCAGCCAGCCUGCUGCAGACCCAGCAGAUUCCUGGAGGACUGCAGCAGACGCUGACGGUUACGCCGGUCCUCACCGCCAAGACGCUACCUCUGGUGCUGAAAGCUGCAGCCACGCCCACCCUCCCUGGGUCCAUCCUGCCGCAACGCCCGGCCACCGUAACCAUGGUAACCACUGCCAUCUCCAAGCCCGACUUGCACAACGCCCCCAUCAACCUGCAAGUGGCGGGCAAACUGAGUGCUCACGGCCUGGAACCAGUGAGGCUUGUGUCGAAGAACGCCAUGCUGCUGCAGGCCGCCAGCGCCCAACCAAUCAAAGUUCCACAGUUUGUUCCUCCUCCUAGACUGAUGACACCAGCCUCCUUUCUCACACAGCAGGUCAGGCCAAAGCCUGCGUUGCCCGCCAACGUCCCCAUCGCCCCUGCCCCUCCCCCACCCAUGAUGGCGGCACCCCAGCUCCUUCAGAGGCCCGUCAUGCUGGCCACCAAGCUGACGCAGUCGCUGUCGCCCGCCGCCGCGCCCAUUCACCAGCUGCGCAUCGUUAACGGACAGCCGUGCGUCAAGACCGGCUCCGCCCCUUUGACCGGCAUCGUCAUCACCUCACCCACCACGGCCGCCUGCCUCGCCAGUCCCGCCCGCGCGCCCGACCCCGCCUCGGUCCCCGCCCGGCCCCCGCAGAUCAGGAGUGUGACCGCGGAGCCCAAGCAGACUGUCAAAACGGGAGGUGGAGCUGAGCACAAGGUGGCGCUCACGCUCCCCUCUUCGUCGACUCCGCCCUUGUCGCUGCCUCCCAGGCCCAAAAAGGAGGAGAGUUCGGAGAAACUGGCCUUCAUGGUGUCCUUGGGUCUUGUAACGCACGACCACUUGGAAGAGAUUCAGAGCAAAAGGCAGGAGAGGAAGAGGAGAACGACGGCGAACCCGGUCUACAGCGGCGCUGUGUUUGAGCCUGAAAGGAAAAAGAGCGCUGUGAGUUACCUGAACAGCCCUCUGCACCAGGGGACCCGGAAGAGAGGUAUGUCACGCAGACUGUUGUUGUUCUUCCCCCUCUCCAUCUUUCUUUUUUUUUUUUUUCUUUGUUUUCCGUCUUUGUGGUCUGUCUCAUUUCACCCAGGUCGCCCACCCAAAUACGGCGGCGUCCCGGAGCUGGGCUGCCUCACCCCGACCUCCCCCUCCAGCCCCGUCAACCCCCUCCCCCUGCCCAGCUCUGGGGAUGGAGACAUCCAUGAGGACUUCUGCACUGUGUGCAGACGCAGUGGCCAGUUGCUCAUGUGCGACACGUGUUCUCGUGUCUAUCACCUGGACUGCCUGGAACCGCCCCUGAAAAGCAUUCCUAAAGGCAUGUGGAUCUGUCCCAAAUGCCAAGAUCAGGUAACGGCCCGCUUUAGGACUGUUCAAUCCUUUGUAAGCAUCCACACCGCACACUUGUCCCAUUGUGUCACGCAUCCGCCCGCUCCAUUACGCUCGUCCGUGUCGCCGGCCUCACCGCAAGGUGGCGCCGCCGCGCUCGCUCGCUCGCCUUCCCCCGAUCCCGUCGUGUCUUUUCCGUGUCUGAUGAGUGCCAGCUUGUCUUGGCAGAUUCUCAAGAAAGAAGAAGCCAUUCCCUGGCCCGGGACACUGGCCAUUGUCCACUCUUACAUCGCCUACAAAGAAGCGAAAGAAGAAGAGAAGCAGAAGCUCAUCAAGUGGAGUGCAGAACUGAGGCUGGAGCGCGAGCAGCUGGAACAGCGAGUCAAGCAGCUUAGCAACUCCAUCACGAAAUGCAUGGAGACCAAGAACGGCAUCCUGGCUCGCCAGAAGGAGAUGCAGCUGUCUCUGGACAAGGUGAAGCAUCUGGUCCGCCUCAUCCAGGCCUUCAACUUCAACCAGACGGCGGCCGACCCGGACGGCAGGAACAUCAGAGUCCAAGACGCUCUGGCGCCGCCCAAGUUUGAGACCGGUGGCGUGGGCCAGAGUGACAAAGCUGGGGAGCGUGUGCCGGAGAGGAGUGAGACCACCACGGGAGACACCGACUGUCGGGGCGGCCUCACGCAUGCCCCAAAUAAUGGGGAAGGAGCUAAGACAGAGACCGGGACACAGGCGGAGGGUGCGGCCUUCGAGGCCGAGAGUGUCGCGUCUCCGCAGGUGGGUGCGGCGACUUCUUCAGAGGCGCCGACGCUCGCUACCACCAAUGGUACGACCGAGCUACCGCCGUGCCCCUCUUCUGUCGCGCACGCCGCUGCCGACUCUGAGAACAAGAUGGCCACCGCCAGCCCUCCGGAGACUCUGGCGCAGGACAAGCGAGACAUCUGCGACAGCAACAGCAAAACCUCAGAACCCUCCCAGCAUUCUGUGCCAGUGCUUGGCGGCACUGAGUGACUGUCGCCUUCACGUGGAAUACGAUUCAGAAAAAAAAAGUUGCCAAUCUGUGUAAGUGUCGUUCGUUUGCGUCGUAUUGUCAGCCUGUGUCGAUGGUAGAUAGUGGCCUGGUCGCGUGUGGCCAGUUAGCCAUAGACGUUGUCAUGGGAACGCUCGAAAGGAGGCUGAAUCCAUCACACCAGAGUGUGCCUGUCCCGGCGGUCCGGGGCGGGGGCCGGGGUUCUGCGGUCAGGAGGGAGGGCCGUGCCGCCCGUCUCGGAACGUGGUCCGAUAGCGCGGUCGGCAGCCCCCGUCCGACCCUGCGUAAGGUUAGCUAACCCUCUUCAAAUAAAGUCGCUCCACCCACCUCAGUUUUUCGUUUGAAGUGUUCAGACUGGGCGGCGGCAACCCAGCCCCUCACCCCGCCCGCUCGAGACUGUAGCCCCACUCACUAAGGCAGGCGCCAAUGAGGUGGAGCCAGAGCAGCGUUGUUGUUGUGAGUUGUCAUUCGUGUGUCCGUGUGAUGUGCUUUGUUUUCUGACGACAACGUGUUCAUGUCUUCCUGGUGUUGGGACGAAGCGCUUCGUGUUCCGGCUCCUCCACCGCCGCCACCGCCAUCUUCAACUGCCAAACGCAUCAAAUGCGCCAGGGGGCGGAGCCCCCCCCCCCCCCCCCCCCCCCAAAAAAAAGCACAAGUUUGGUUUCUUCUUCUGGUUCUUUGAUGUGACCACCUGAAUCCUCCCACUUCGGAGGAAGCACAAGAAGAGACUGCAGGGGCCACUGCUCACGUCUUGCUACGUCAUUCAUGGUGCCUCUGUUUUUUAUUUUUGGUUUCCUCUUUUGAGGUCACGACUUGUCAGCCAAUUAGCAUAUUUUGUGGUCUCGACUCUGCCCUCCUCAGUAGGUACCUUGAGUGCCUUCGAUUCAUCAAGACUUGCACUGUGACGCGUAGACCUGCCCCUUCACUUCAUUGGCCGCUCAGUGAUGCGUAGACCCGCUCGCCCCAUCAACUUAUUGGCCUCUCAGUGACGCGUAGACUUGCCCCUUCAGCUUAUUAGCCGCUCAGUGUUUUGCUGCCUUAAAUGGUUUUUUUUGUCUUGUUUUUUUUACCUGAUCAAUUCGCUCAUUGAGGGGUCAAAGGUUGCCAAGUCAGCCAGGUCGUCAUUAUGACGAAGCUGAGGCGGUGAUGCACUUUCAUUUGAGCAGUAUUUCAACACAAAGGUGUGGUCGUCCCCCCCCCCCCCCCACCACUCCACCCAUCAUAGCAUGCCUUCUUAUGCAAAUUUUCUACACAUUAUUUAUGCAUUAGUUUGUGCUGAUUGGUUUCGUUCCUUUUGCAUUUGUCUUUUUGUUGUUUGGACUGGGCGGAGCCAGGGGGAGUUGUCAUCUGAGUGGGCGGAGCAAAAAAAGGGUCCAUUUAUCCAAAGAACACAAGCGACAUGUCGCCAUUAAAUGGUAUUCCCGAGAUGACGUUCUCAUUGGAUGGAAUUUGCUAGGCGACAUGUUGCCAUUGGAUGGAAUUCCUGAAGGUGUUCCCCAAAUUUCCCAAUGUUUGUGAGCAUCCAGUCAUGACUGUGGCCUUCUAGUGUUGUCUUCACAUGACCCUGUGACCCCUCAUUUUUUUUUUUUCUUCCAUGUGCUCAGACGCAUUGUAGCGCUCCUAAUUAAGAACAAGUGUACAUUGGGAAUCUUUGUAUAAUUGUUUGUAUUUUUUCAUAAUAAUUUUGGAAAGGAAUGUGUUUAUUUUUUUGGACUUGUGUUCCACACGUGUCUUCUGUUGGCCAUGUUGGUGGGAUUCUUACCUCUGUAUUGAGCCUCCUCCUCUUGUGAUGAUGAUGGUGAUGAUGCAGUGUUUCACUAAAUACUGUUGCUAGGUUACAGGAUGGCACCAGCCACCACUAGGAGCAUUUGAUCAAUUUCUAUUUAUUUAUUUUAUCAGUUUGCUAAUAAAUCCUCAAAACCA